AUGUUCCUCGUCGGGAACGAUCUCGCAGGAAACACCUAUUGGGAGUUCAAGGAUUCGCUCAAGCCCGGUCGGUUGCGGCGCAUUGUGAAGGCCAGUCCGAAGAUACACUACGCCGACGUCAAAGUCCCGCUUGUGGAUGGAUGGACAGCACAAUGGCAUCAGUGGCUUCGAUACGUCCGGCCUGAGCCGCCGAGCAUUGAAGAACAGCAGAAUGAACUCCUUCGGCAGCAGCGGAUCAAAUACCUUGCGCAGCAGGCGGACGAACGGUGGGCAAGCAAGCCGUCCGUCCUCGAUAAACCGGCACAGCAGGGUGCUCCAGCUCUCCAAUCACAGCAGCCGUCCUACCACACUACAAGACAGGAUACUGGCGCCGGCACAGCAGAGGUACUGCAGGAACAACAGCCGGAUGCAAAGGGAGGCAAGAAGGUCAAAAAUCCAUGGGACAGGGCCGCAGGCGGGCCCAGCGAGAACUGGCAGCCUGAGUCAUGGACCCCCAACGUCUCGAAGAGAUGA